GCUGAAGGAAGAGGAGGCAGCGGUCUCCCUCGGAAGUGCUCGGUCCCCGGCUCCUCCUAUCUGUAUUAUAAGCUCUGGCAGCGGCUCCAGCCUGGAUGUGGGAGGAAGAUGGCGCUGUCAGCCGUCAGCCUGAGGACUGCCCUGCUGGUGCUGCUCUCCCUGGGGCUCACUCUUGCGCUGGGCUUUGUGCUCCCAGAGGCUCUCAGGCUGCUGUUCACAUUCCUCGGGUUCCCGUACGAUAACGCACCCCAUGCCAUUGUCUUGGUGUACUUUGUGUGCCUGCUGUUGGUGGCCAUGCCGUCCUUACCGAGGGGCACUGUACCAAUUCAAGGCAAGGUGGUGCUGAUCACAGGCUGUGACUCGGGGUUUGGACUGGCCUUGGCAAAACAUUUGCACAAGUUGGGGUUUACAGUAUUUGCAGGUUGUUUAUUAAAGGAUAAAAAUGAUGAAGGAGCUCAGGAGCUGCAAAGUUUUCAAUGUAAUCGUAUGAAAGUGCUUCAGCUGAAUGUCUGCAGUGAGGAAGAAAUUACACAAGCUGUUGAGUUUGUGAAGAAAAACUUGGAGGACCCUAAUAAAGGUUUGUGGGGUCUGGUGAAUAAUGCUGGUAUUUCUACAUUUGGAGAAGUAGAGUUCACAAGCCUUGACACGUAUAAAGAAAUAGCAGAAGUGAACUUGUGGGGAACAAUAAGAGUAACAAAAGCUUUCUUGCCAUUAAUACGUCAAGGCAAAGGUCGAGUGGUAUGCAUGGCAAGCAUGUUAGGAAGAAUGGGUUGUCCAUCUCGAUCUAGCUACUGUGUUUCCAAAUAUGGAGUAGAAGCCUUUUCAGACUGUCUAAGACAAGAGAUGUACAAGUGGGGGGUGAAAGUCAUUAUUGUUGAGCCUGGAAACUUUGUAGCUGCCACUGGUAUAUUUACCAGAGAUGGAGUGGAAAAGCGAGGACAAGACAUGUGGGAUCAAGCUUCAGAAACUGUACGAGACGAUUAUGGAAAAAUUAAUUUCUCUCAUCAGGUUGCCAGAAUGAAAGCCUUUGUCAGUUCUGGUGUGAAGGACAUGACUCCUGUCAUUAAUGUAUUAACAGAUGCUCUAAGUUCUAAAUACCCAUACACACGAUACAACCCAAUGGACACCUACUGCUGGAUAAAGGUUCAGGUUGUGACUCACUUACCUGCUGUCAUUGCAGAUCGGAUUUAUAUGUAAUGAAAAGAGAUGACUGAAAUGUAAUAAAGCAAAACUGUGUUCAGGUAUCAAAUGAAUUAAAACUGCUGUCUACACCUUUUCUAGGUAUUAUUGGUGUGACAUUUGUCUACAUGUCUGCCGUUGUUCAAAAGUGAUCUAAUGGUAUAGAUAUGGAUACCGUACUAAUGGCGUAAACACUAAAAAGAUGCAAUGGAUUACUGUACAUCAGUAAUUUUCUCUAGAUCCCUCUAGUAUCUAUCCAUAUCACCAUUAUGGCUGUCUGCGGUAAGGGGCCAACUAAACAGAGCAGUGUAAAAGCUAUCCUAGCAACAAGUACAGAAAUGUUUAACGGACCUUUACAUUGACACACAGCACUAAUGCACAUACCAAGUGACACUUUUUAAGUUCUAAAGUGCCCUUACUUGUUUAUGAUGUUCACCUUCCCUUUAGAGUGAAUGAUAGGAUUUUUUACUUUGAACUUGCUAUUCAUUCUAAGUGCAAUCUGUUUUAAAAUCGUUUUUUGACCUCAUAAAAAUCUGAAGCCAUGUAAUUUAUACUAUAUCAAAUGUAAAUGUAGUUUAUAACAAUAAAAAUGUCAAGAAAAA